AUGCGCGCCAUCACAUUGACCACCGCCGCUCUCUCGGCCGCCUUGACCACCGCCGUACCAAUAGCACAGCAGAACCUCACCAACUUCCUGCUCGUAACUACCACAUCCUGCGAGCCAGCAUCAAACUCCUCCCUCCUGCCGAAUGUCAACGCGACAUCCCUCUUCGACCCAGACAACACCGAUGACGAGCUCUACCAGCUCCGUCUCAUCCUCCCAGGCUACAACAGCUUGCCAAAAUUCAAUCUCAGCGACUCAACACUGCACACCUACGCGUAUGGUCCAGUGGGCUUCAAGGAGUACGAGUACAACAGCACCAAGGUAGAGGUGGGGCAGACUCUGAACUUCGAUCCGACGCCGGAGGGGAGCGGAAACGUGGCAUUGAAGGAUGAUUACCUGCUUACUGUCAACGGGGACGCUGAGGGCUGGACGGUCUGCGAGGGAGACCUCAAUCAGGCUGUGAUCUUCUGGAAGGGCAAUGGAACCAAGUGCGAGAAGCGUUACAUCCAAGCUGUGACGACUGCGCCCUACUAA